GUCCUCGACGGUCCGGGACGGGGGAUGCGGUUGGAUGCGGCCGCGUCUGCACUUGUGUCCGCGAGUGGCGCGCAAGCGCGUUCUUCUCUCGGUGUGGCUCGCGGUGGCAGUGGCUGGCGGUCUCCGAGUCCGCGCAUUGUAGAUUCCGUCGAGGGCGCGUGCCUCGGCGAGGGACGCGUUAACCGUCGCCGCGCGGCCGCGAGGAUGGCCGGCUCCGGAGACUCGCGAGCCCGGCGAGUGCCGCUCCAGUGAGCGAUGGACCUGCCGUCUCGCGCGCACAAAGGACGGGUAGAAAGUGAGUGAGUCUUAUUAGUGGCAAGAUGGCGGACUCGAGUUAUUAUCAGAGCGAUUACAUGAGGCACCCCGUCCUGUACGAGCUGUCGCACAAGUACGGCGUGGCCGGGAGCGACCAGGUGCCAUUGCCGGCCCGGCUCGACGAGCUCCGGGAACACAUCCGUCGCGAGAUACGCAAGGAGCUGAAGAUAAAGGCGGGGGCGGAGAAAUUGCGCGAGGUCGCCACCGACCGCAAGGCCCUCUCCGACGUGGCGAUGAUCGUCAAGAAGGCCAACAGCAAGCUGAACGAGCUCCAGGCGGAGCUGCAGCAGCUCGAGAGCCAGAUCAUCCUGACCCAGGGCCAGCCUCCCUCGCCCCAGCAGAAUCACUCCAAUGGCCAAG